AUCCUAUGUGAGUUACACGCACCAAGAAGAAGACUAAAUUUUCAUUAGUUUCAACGACGGAGGAGGUGAAUUAAUUAAACAUUAACGCGGAGAAACGAUACAAAAACACAUAACAUGGAAAAAAGUUCCAAAAUAGGUCAUUGAAAAAAUGCAUUCAAUGUAAGAAAUAAAUUUAAUAAAAAAAAUUUAAAAGUAUUCGUUUGAUUAAAUGUGCACAAUAGAAAACAAGAAAAAUCAUCAAGGAGAGAAGAUAAAAGAAGAGUAACAUGAAUGCCACUCCUUUUGUUUGUGUAUGUGUAAGUGUAAAACGAAACAAAGUAGAAAAAUAAAGGAAGGCACAAAAUUCCAAAGAUAUAAAAAAAAUUACAAGAAAAGCCCUUCGAGAAGUGAUCCGCAGUGAACAAAGGUAGAUAAAUUGCAAAGAAAAAGAUGAUUUUAAGCAAAUAAAAUUUACAACGACAGGCGAUACUUCAGAAAGAAAAAAUUGAUUGUAAAGUAGAAGGCGAGCGAAGUGAUAACAAAGGCGAGCGAAUUUCGUCGGGAGUUCAAAAGUCGUCGGCAGUGAAAAAAAUCGUAGUAGUACUCUGUGUGGUGGUGGUGCAGUUGUGUGUUGGCUGCUAUCGUUGCUACGCUUUUUCUUGCUAAACGACGGAAUUGUUGGUGGUGUUGCUGCUGGAAUUAGCGGCACAGGGAGUACUUGCAUGACUCACACGCCACACAUGCACCCGCAGCAGCAGCAGGAGAAUCAAAACAUUCAAUGAUUCUCAUAUCAGAAGAGCAGUAAAGGAACGAAUUCGCUUUUCAUUCCAAUUGAACCAAAUAGACAAUAAAGUGUCCCACUUUUAUACAUAUAUACACACUUCAACAACAACAACAAUAUUAGUUUAUUGAAUUUAUACACAAUUCUAUAUUCCCGUAUAUACCAUACCAACAACAACAACAGAUACCAAAAUGUCCGGUUUUCAAGGUAUUAAAGGCUGGUUCCGCAAAAAGGAACCCAUUUCCGAAAUUGGUAAUCCCACCAACUUCCAACGACACUUUCAUGUGUCACGUAACGAAGAGACUGGCGUACUAGAGGGUCUGCCCGCACCAUGGGUACGUUUAAUGAAUGCCCAAAUCACACGCGAUGAACAAGAUAAAAAUCCCGAUGCCGCUUACCAGGCUGUUAAGUUCUAUAAUUAUUCCAUUAAGAAGAAAGAGAACGAUGUCAUCUUCAAGCCAUUCAUUACCGAGGAAGCCAUACACGAAGAAUCCAAGGAAAUUGAUAAUUAUGUGAAUUACAAGAACAAACACAAAUCCCAAGACUUGGACAAGUCGGAGGACGAACGGAGCAGUGAUGGCAGUGGUACCAUAAGUGGUUCGAGCACAGCCGGCAGUAGCAGCAACAAUAGUUUUAAUGAUCAACAACACCAAAACAACAUACGUCUGACGGGACUGAAUGACGUGAUCAAAGAGUUGGUAUCCACACUGGACCAGCAACGUGAAACUUUAAAACCCGAUGCCACUGGUGAAUCGCCGCCUCCUCUGCCUGCCAAAAAAACACAAACUUUGCCACCCAAACCUCAGACCAAACCUAAACCCAAGGGCAUAUCGCAUAAACAUUCCAAAGGUUUAGCCGAUUUGAGCAAACUGACCAGCCAAGAUGAUGGUCAUCCAGUCAUUAACACCGACACCAUAAUCAUUAAACCGGCCACUACUGAUGGCGAGGGCGAUGGUGACGAGACCAUUCUCAGACGUUCCAAGGACAAACGUGGCCAAAAAACCGAUUCAGAGAUCUAUGAGGAACUCAGGGCGAUAUGUAAUCUAGAUGAUCCCCGUGAACGUUACAAAACUACCCAGGAAGUGGGUAAAGGCGCUUCGGGCAUCGUCUUCAUAGCCGCUGAUAAGCAAACCGAAAAUCAGGUGGCUGUUAAGACAAUCGACUUAAAGAACCAGUCCUCCAAAGAUCUCAUUUUGACGGAAAUUCGUGUCCUAAAAGAUUUCAAUCAUAAAAAUUUGGUCAAUUUUCUGGAUGCAUAUCUUUUGGAACCUGAGGAUCAUCUGUGGGUCAUUAUGGAGUACAUGGAUGGUGGUCCGCUAACGGAUGUGGUUACCGAGACCGUUAUGAAGGAAAGACAAAUUGCCUGUGUGUGCCGUGAAGUAUUGUAUGCCAUUAGUUUCCUACACUCAAAGGGUAUUAUACACAGAGAUAUUAAAUCCGACAAUGUCCUCUUGGGCAUGGAUGGUUCAGUAAAGGUAACCGAUUUUGGAUUCUGUGCCAACAUUGAGGGCGAUGAGAAACGACAAACAAUGGUUGGCACACCCUAUUGGAUGGCCCCCGAGGUGGUGACGCGUAAGAAGUACGGCAAAAAAGUCGACAUCUGGUCCAUUGGUAUUAUGGCCAUUGAAAUGAUUGAGGGACAGCCGCCCUAUUUGUAUGAGACGCCGCUGAGAGCACUCUAUUUGAUUGCGGCCAACGGUAGGCCAGACAUUAAAAGUUGGGAUAAACUAAGCCCAAAUUUACAAGAUUUCCUUGAUUGCUGUCUGCAAGUUGAGGUCGAUAAGCGAGCAACAGCCGAUGAAUUGCUAAAACAUCCAUUCCUAGAUGAUUGCAGUGAAUUGAAGGCUCUAGUGCCAAAUAUUAAGGCAGCCAAAAAGGUGUUGCGCAAGGGUACAUAGAAAAGGCCUUGUGUGGGUAUCUUUGUACGUGCCUAAUGAAAAAAACCAUGCAAUGUUAUCAUCAAUGGAAAAUUAUUAUGAAAAUGAAAAUCACAAAACAACCGAACUUCACUUCACUACGUUUUUAAAAAAAGUUCAAGGCGUGUGAUAAAUUGCAAACUUGUAAAUAUUUAAAAAGCAAAAAAUAGAAUAGAAUACAGUGCUGCGACUAAUUUUUUAAGUAUAAAGCUACUAAGCCAACGGAAUUCAAUGGUAUUUGACGAAAUGAUAAAUGAGGACGGGACAGACCCUAGUAAAAACUAUCGCAACUACAUUAAUAUAUAACAUAUUCAGACAUAACUAGAUAUACCUAUGAAUAUAUCACGUUCCAUGAUGUAAGGACAUCAAUAAAUCUACAACAAUAACAACCAUACACAAAUUAGAAUGGGGUUAAAACUCUCCAUGUAAAUGCUGCAACAACAUCAUACCUACCUAUUAUUAUCUACAUGGCACCAUCUCUCAUCCAAUAUUGCAGUCGCUGGACGAUUUUUAACAAAAUGUUAUGCGGAUUCAUACUCUUUUUUACAUUUCUUUAUGGAUGUAACGAAAUUUUGAAAUACUUACCUGCCUGCCAAUCAAUCAGAUGACAACGAAUAUCGAUGUGGAAUAAUAUAUUUCAAAAAGCAGCCCCCUCAUGUAUUUUCCAUAACAAGCGGCCGGGCAGAACAACAAUAAAUUAUCACAUCACAAAUUGGUUUUGAUUAAUUUCCUGCUCCUUCUGCUGCUACUCCACCUCCUCCUCCUCUACUCGAUCUAUAAUUUACUAGUACUACCGCUGAUGGCUGGCUAUAUGAUGAUGCUGAUGAUGCUACACACCAAACUGGAGAAGAACAACACCCCACGCAACGUUUUCAAUUAACUAAACAAUAUCAUUCUGAAAAGAGAGAGAAAAAACCAAACAAAAGAAAAAGAAUAACUAAACGAAAACUAGACUCACACAAAAUAAAACUUUACUAUUUUACAACAAAAAAAGCAAAAAAAAAAUGAAUAAAAACGCAAUACAUAUUGUCUUCUGUAGGAAUUUUUCGUAGUGUAGUAAACAAAUAUCAUAAACAAUUUUUUAAACGUACUUUGUGCAUUAUUAUACAACAAAAGAAAAUAUUAAAUAGAAUUACAAAGAAAAAACGAAAACAAAAGCAAAGUAUAAGAAAUACAUUAAUGAAAAUGUGCUAUUUUAUGUAGAAAAAAAAUAAUUAAGUUAUUUUAAUGAAAUGCUGAAAAUGAAAAAAAAAACCUAAAAUAAAAUAAAAUAUUAUUGCUUAUCUUUAUAUAUUACCAAUAACAAAAGAAAAAGAAACAAAAGUUGUAAGAAAACAAAACCCUAUUGCCAAAAUUUUAAUUUUAAAUUUUUAAUUAUUUUUCUGUAAAUUUAUUAAUUUCUUUUUUUAAUUAUAAUAGUUUAUGUAUUAUUAUUAUACAUGUAUGUAAAGUGUAAUGUUAUUAUGACUAAAGAAAAAGCGUAAAAACAACAACCACAACAACAAGAGAAAUGUGAUUCAGGCGAUGAUUUUUUUUAAACAAAGUUUUUUAUGAUAAGUUCUUUUUUUGCAAUCUUUUUUUGAUUUUUGUAUUUAGUUAUGUAGUUAAUUACAGUUAUAUAAAAAACAAUAUCAUUGUGUAAUUUAAAGUUUUCAAAGUAUACAAAAGUGCCAUUAGUUUCCAAAAGUAACAACAUAUUUAUGUAUACAAACAACAUCACACCCAAGAACAACUGAAAACCGUUAAAAAGGAAAUAAUUCGAAAUCGAAAGUCAAGGCAUUUUUGUAAAAAAUUCAUUUGCUAUAGUUUUUGUAUACAUUUUUGUAGUUUUUUGUUUGUCACCUUAUAUAUAUGGCACUAUUUCUGUCCAGUUACCCAGGGCAUAGUUAUAUUAUUUUAUGUAUACACACUACACACACAGAGUCCAUAAAAAUUUCUAUAUAAAAAAAAACGGAUAUAUAAACCAAUCAACCAACAACGACCAGAUUAGUUAUGGUGCCAAAAUAUUCCAAAAAACAAAAGAAAACCCAAACCCGUAAAUGAAGAUAUAAUAGCAUAUAAAUACAGUUUUUUCCGAUUAUAUAGAGAAAUGUUUUUAUUUAUACCUUGUGAAAUAUUUUGUUCUAUAUAUAAUGCAAAUAUAUAGAAUAUGAGCAUCAUAUUUGCGCACAAUAAAAAUCAUUUAUUUUUUUGUAA